CACACUACAUUUAAACUCCAAUUUUUGGACCAAGACGGAAGUGCCAACGGCUGUUAGAAAUAUAUAUAUAUAUAUGAUAAAAGCGAAAAAAAAUACGACAAAAUAAAAAAAAUAAAAAGUUCCGUUGUGCAUCUCAUGUCCGGCACACAAAGUACAAAUGUAAAAAGAACUACAGCAGUUUUACAAAGUUGAACUGUAAUGGGAAAAAGACACCUUUAUAGAGUGUAGCAGGUAUCACUUCUUAACGGUUAAAAACAUAUAUUGACAAUUAUGUUGAAGUAAAUUAUCAAAUAAAUGAAUGUAAUUUGGCUAUCUAGUAUAAAUUACAUUGAAUUUAAUAGUUUUCUUAAAAAAUUGUACCAACUUUUCUUGAAGCAUUGAUUAGAAAAAAGAAAGGAAAGUUCGCACCUCCCACUCCUCAUUUUUAUUGCUCUUUUAUCAGCGUCUAUCUUCCUCUUCCCUUCGCUCUCCUUCUCUUUCUUACACACACGCGCGUGUGCGCGCGCGCACUGUGCUUCCAUGCUCCUCCUGACGUGUCCCCUAAGUGUCUGCAUAAUAGAUAUCACAGCCGACGACCUGCGGGGGUCUUACAAAAACAGCGCUCCACGAGUGGGAGCAUCACACCAGAGGAGAGGAGCACACACACCGCACGCAGUCGGAGCAGCACGUUGGCCCCUCACAUCUUCACAGAGCCGCGCAAUCUGGUGCAACACGAGAUCAGUCAACUUUUACGCACGAAGACCGACUUUUACGCACGACUCCAUGAGCUUUGUUGGGACAGAAAAAAAACAAAGAUCCGCCUGAUUUGGAUAAAGAAGAUUUUCUAGGAUCUCAGCUGACUCCAGCGGCCCUUCAGGUUACACUGCAUUAGUACAUACAAGGCGGGAUAUCACCCUGCACCUGUAUUUAACUUAUUUUGAAUGGCUUAUACAAUUGGAGUAUUCAUCAACAGGGGAUUGAUAUGAGUUAAAGACAUAAUAAUAAUAAAAAAACACUACAAUUUAAACUUAAAAAAAAUUCAAAUUAAAAAGCCAAAUUAAAGAGACCAAUCGUCAUGCCCCGUCCUGGGAAGAACUCUUACAGCGACCAGAAGCCUCCAUACUCCUACAUUUCUCUGACUGCGAUGGCUAUUCAGAACUCAGCCGAAAAGAUGCUCCCCCUGAGUGACAUUUACAAGUUCAUCAUGGACCGCUUUCCUUAUUACCGGGAGAACACCCAGAGGUGGCAGAACUCCCUGCGACACAAUCUCUCCUUCAACGACUGCUUCAUCAAGAUCCCUCGGCGCCCUGACCAGCCAGGAAAAGGCAGCUUCUGGGCUCUGCACCCGGACUGUGGUGACAUGUUUGAGAACGGCAGCUUUCUGAGGAGACGUAAGCGCUUUAAGGUGCACCGAGCUGAGCACAUGGCCUGCAAAAGCUCCCCAAUGAUGCACUACUUUCACCAUCACCACCACCAUCACCACCACCCUGGCAGCAAGCUGGGCGCAGUUCACGGCCACCACGACCACUCGGCCGGCCCCCCAGGCGCUGUGGGCCGCUUGCCUCAUUUCCAGGGUUACGGCGGCAUCACCUGCGCACAGCCCGGUGGGUUUAAACACCCGUUCACGAUCGAGAACAUCAUAGGACGGGACUACAAGGGUGUGAUGGCCAGCGGGCUCCCGCUCACCUCUGUCAUGCAUCACCUGGGUUACCCGGUGCCGCCGCAGCUCAGCAGCAUGGUCAACUCCAUGUGGCCGCACGUCGGGAUGCUGUCAGAGUCCAUGGGUGGGGUGUCAAUGCAAUCUUCGCCCGAAUACUCGCCCUUUGGUGUGUCAACAAAGGGCCUGUACCACAAUGCCAACGGGCAAACCCUGCCUGCGGUCCCAGUGCCCAUCAAACCAACUCCGUCUCUGGGUGCCGUGCCAGGCUUGACUGGGCUGCAGUCCGCGUCGGCACAGCUCUGCGCGCCGUCCUCAGUGAUGGAGAAGAGUGACCUGCUGGAAGGGAAAGGCAGCCACUUACACCCGGCUCUUCUGCUGUCCUAACCGGUUAAAAUUGUGGUUCAUUUAAAAAUAAUGCACGCAAUGAAGAUGGACAUUGUUAAUGCGUUAAAAAGGACAGAAGAGGCAACUGAGCAAGUUGAAGUGAAAAAAGUUUGUAAAAAAAGUGAGGUAAACGUUGUAGCAUAUACUAUGUGAUCAUUUUUCUUCAGACCGGCGUUGAUUCAAAUCACUAUUUAUUUGCACAAUUUGAGAGGGCAUUUACCACAUGAUCUGGUGUGGCACUGAUAAAAAAAAAAAAGAAGCGAACAAAAUAAAAUAUGAAAAGACGCUAAACCCAAAGAGAG